CUGAACAGCUUUGGGCCCACGGACCAUGAGAGGACCAGAGCCGGGUCCGGAACCUAGGAUGGAGGGGGACGUACUGGACACUCUGGAAGCGUUGGGGUAUAAGGGACCACUGUUAGAAGAGCAAGCCCUUACUAAGGCAGCAGAAGGUGGACUGUCUUCGCCAGAAUUUUCAGAACUCUGCGUGUGGUUAGGUUCUCAAAUAAAAUCGUUGUGCAACUUGGAAGAAAGUAUCACUUCAGCUGGGAAAGAUGAUCUGGAGAGCUUCCAACUUGAAAUAAGUGGUUUCUUAAAAGAAAUGGCAUGUCCAUAUUCUGUACUCAUAUCAGGAGAUAUUAAAGACCGUUUAAAAAAGAAGGAUGACUGUUUGAAACUUUUAUUAUUUUUAAGUACAGAGCUUCAAGCUUUACAGAUACUACAGAAUAAGAAAUGUAAUAAUUCUCAAUCAGAUAAAAAUAGUGAAAUUCAUCAGGAACUUCAAGCUAUCUGUGAAGCCCUGGCUAUACCCAAGUCUACAACUUCUGACAUUCCACUUACACUAAAUCAGGUGGAAACAAAGGUGAAGGAUAUUCUCUCAAAAGUGCAGAAAAGUCAUGUGGGGAAACCAUUGCUGAAAAUUGAUUUAAAUCUGGAACAGGCGAAACAACUGGGAAAAAUUAAUGAUGCCCUUUCCUGUGAAUAUGAAUGCCGCCGGCGGAUGUUGAUGAAACGAUUAGAUGUGACAGUGCAAUCUUUUGGCUGGUCUGAUAGAGCGAAGAUAAAAACAGACGACAUAGCAAGAAUUUACCAGCCUAAGCGUUAUGCUUUAUCACCCAAGACUACAGUUACUUUGGCCCAUUUACUUGCUGCUCGUGAGGAUCUAUCCAAGAUAAUUAGGACAAGUAGCGGCACCACCCGGGAGAAGACAGCGUGUGCCAUUAAUAAGGUGCUGAUGGGAAGGGUACCUGACAGGGGAGGACGCCCGAAUGAAAUCGAACCACCACCCCCUGAAAUGCCCCCUUGGCAAAAGAGACAAGAAGGCGGUGGAAGGGGUGGUUGGGGUGGAGGUGGUGGUAGAGGAGGUGGUGGGGGUGGAAGAGGUGGCUGGGGAGGAGGGGGAGGAGGAAGAGGGGGUGGGGGAGGAGGUUGGGGUGGAGGUGGGGGAGGUGGUAGAGGAGGUUUUCAAGGCAGGGGAGAUUAUGGUGGCAGGGGGGGCUAUGGUGGCAGAGGGGGCUAUGGUGGUAGAGGUUAUGGCGAUCCAUAUGGAGGAGGUGGUGGUGGCUAUAGAAGAUAUUAAAAACUACAAAAAUUAGAUAGCAGUGCUUACUUCUUGAGACUUUAGGCAUAGUGUUCUAAAUAAUAUACUUGAAUGCUACCUUUGAAGUAAACACCAUGUUAGAUUCUCGUUCUUGAAUUGGGUUGCUAUGUAAGAACAUUGUUUUAUACUACCAUUUGCUCUCUUUAGACAAAAUGAUUUUUUUCCAUAAUCUGUGUAUCCUUGAGCAUGUUGUCUUUUUAAAAAAAGUAAAAAUUAUUUUUAAAAUUGUAAAUAUUUAUUACCAUCAAACUUGGGAAAUGGAAAGUAUUUUAUUGUCACGCUGAAUUUAGAUUACUACCUGUGUUUUAUUCAGGGUUGAGACACAUAAAUUACCCCAUACGUAAUGAAAAGGAUGUAUGUAGACUGUUACUUCAUCCGUAUUCCUGUGAACUGUGAUACAUAUUAAUUUUGCUUUACAAAAUUGGGAAAGAGACUGGUAGUUAUGUUCAGUAAGUUGUUGUAAGGAUAUAGUUUUUCUUUUACAGGAGGCAAUCCUCUGGUUAGGUUUCUGGUAAAGUUCCUUUAAUGGAAGCCCAGUCUGUUUUUCUGUUAUGCAUAUUUGAUUAAUUUUCUACUUGGAUUUGAUUUUGAAUAACAAAGGAAAGUUAAAGAUAAGCUCAGAAUUAUUUUAAAGGGAAAAGGCUAAUUUUAUAUGAUGUGAAACAUAUUCAUAUAAGCUUCUCAUUUAUUUGUGCCAUAACUAGGGAUUUGUAUAUAAAAGGCAAACUGAAAAUGCCAUACAAAUAUAAAAAAGUAAAAAAGGCAGGUUGAACUGUAUUAAACAGCAUCAGAGAUGUAAUUUUCAGUUUCAGUAGGUCAGAGGGAGAGGUAGUCAUCCCUUGGUGGUUCUGAUUUGCAGGAACAGGAAGAAUCAGGAAACACGUUUAGGGAAUGUCUACAUGUGGUAUGGUUUGAUGGCUGGAGCAGUCAAAGGCUGGGGGAAAGGAAUUCUGAAUUGAAAUCAUGGCACUGACCCCAGGAUGCUAGAGGCUGAAAUGACCUUUGCUCUCAAGGACUGACUUGUCCUCAUCUGUUAAAUAAGGAAUGUGACACUUGUCCCCCCGUCUCUGGUGGUUAUCAUAAAGACAGAAAUACUAUUGUAGAUUAUUGAGAAUUUAGAGGGCUGUGUGAAUGCUUAUAGAGGGACGGUAAAUGCAUUUUUUUUUUCUUUUUUUUUUGCUUAGUAUAGAUGAUUAAGAAAAAUGCCUCAUGAUUUUUCAAUGCCACUGUAAAAUUUACUUCCCAGUGUAGGCUCCUGAUGGAUACCUGUGCAUAACCACUUUCUGUGAUCUGGUCAACUCAGCUGAAUAGAAAGCCAAGUGCCGGUAGACAAAUAGUAUUUGGCAUUUGGUAUUUGGCAGUUUUAUUUUAUAGUAAAAGGAGGUAAAAUCUAAAAUGUUCAAAUGUUCAAAGUAAACAUUUUGUGUACUGCAGUCUUGGCUAUGUAUUUUCCCAGGUAGCCCUUCAGAGGAAACUGUUUAAGAUAGAAAAAACAUGUUUUCAGUUAUUUGUAAACUUAGAUUUUUAAAAAUGUGCUUAUAUUUAAUGAAGAUACUUAAUUUCAUUUGUGAUACUUGAAGGAAAUAGUUUUCCAUUAUUAAGGAAACACUUUUGUGAGUAACUAUGGACUCUGAAAAAUAAAUACUUUUUAGAAAAUAUACAAGACCGCAGGUGUAAAAUAUUUCAAAAGAACUAAUAGUUAAAACAAUGUUCAUUUAAAACUUUGGCCUUUCUGCUGCUUCUUUUGGGAGGACUUCAGUUGCUUAUAUAAAAUUGAAGUUUACAACUAAUUUCAACCCUUAUCACUAAAGGUCUAAAGCAUUCAACAAGAGAAACAUUAAUUUGUGUAAGAUUUCUUUGUUCCUUCAUAAGGGUGCUGGUUAUUUGCUGCACUGGUUAUGUGCAAAGCUUAACCACAUAAUAGUGCUUGUUGGAAUCAUGUCGGCAUUGGAACCACUGCUAUCUAUACAUUUCUAUAAAUUGCACUUUAUUGGAAAGCUUAGUGUUCUAGAUAUUUUAGUCUUUUCUGUAUGGUAUGAUUAUUAUGAUAAUCUUCAUUCAGUAAUAUUUAUUUUGUGGAAGAGUGAGCUGAGCAGUGUCAAGCAGUAUCUCGAAUAGCAGUCAGGUAGUUUGGGACCUUCAUGCGAUGUCUUGUAAUUCGAAUGCAAUGUAAGUGUGGAGUAAGUGACUGGCAAAUGACUGAUUUCUAAAAUCUAACACCUUAUUUUUGG